GGGCUCUAAGAUAUUCACGGAGGCUGAGAUAGACGCGAUCAAACAGAUCAAGGAAAAGAUCGACAACCUGCCUUCCAGCGAGAAGGAAGGGCUGUGCAUCGACUGGCUAUCGAGGAUGCAUCCUUGUGAGGUUGGCGCGUACUUGAGGGCAUGCAAGCAUGGCUCUGUAGAGGAAGCUUGGAAGAACAUCCUGCACAGCGCGGAAUGGAGAAAAUCGUAUGGGGUUGCGAAUAUUCUGCAAGAGAAAUCGACAACUCUUGACGGAUUCUUCGAUGGCGGGACGCGAGAGGUCGACUGGUUGCCUCAAGGUUCGCUUCUUGACGGGAGCGGAAACCCCUGCCUGCUGUAUCGCUCUGCUGCCCACGUCCCUCUCGGUCGGCCAACAGAGGAAUGGCUCAGGUUUUUCGUCCAUCAAUGUGAGUGGGCCAGGAGAAAGCACCCGUCGAAGCAGGUCGUCAUCCUCGUCGACCGCGUCGGGAGCGGGCUGAGCAACCAGGACCCAACCGUCCUGCGCGAGCUCGUGCCGGUGAUACAGAACCACUACCCCCAGCUGAUCGGGCGAGUCUUCAUCGCCCCUGUCAACAAAGUUCUGUGGAUCAUCUGGCGUAUCGUCUCGCUGAUCCUCGAUGAAGAGAUCCAGCAGGUCAUCGAGCUCGUUGAGGGCGACGAUUGGCAGGAGCGACUGUGCAUGUACAUCGAGCCAGCAGCCCUUCCUUUGCGGCUGGGAGGACAGAACACCCUCUUGUAA